CAGAGUAUGUUUCUUAUUCGGUUUCCGUGGACGUUUUCACUGAUAAUAAAGGUGAACUGACGGUAAAAUGCUGUAAGUGAAGUCUGUAGAACGCGCGUGGAGGCAGCGAGCGGCGCAGUGAUACAGCCGCACUCCGCCUCACCGGCAGGACACGUUGGUUAGUCCCUGCCACGCGGAAGGAAACGGGUCCAGGAGGUGGUGAGACCCAAAGUUAGCGCGCAGCCUUUAGCCGACACUUCGGGAUAUGAUGCCUUUGAGGGCAUUUGAACUGAGGACCUGUGAGAUCCAGAAAGUCAGAGUAUGAAGGUCGGCCACACGAAGGAGAGCUGUCGAGGCGGGAAGCGCAGAAAAGUCUGCUUUACUAUGACUGACACUAGAUGAGGCGUUUCCAGAGCCCCUGUCCAGGCCUCAGACUCCCUACAAAGCGUACAGCACAAACCUAAAGUUGGUGCUCGGAGUGGGUUGGUCCAGGUCUGGGCCGGGCCGGGCCGGGCCGGGCCGGGCUGGGCUGCCCCCCCCCCGCUGCGCCGCUACCGUAUACCCCCGUGUAGCUGCGCACUCUGCUGGCGAACACCAAACCUCAGCCGGCCGUGAGCCGGCCUCCGGUCCGAGUGCCCCGGCCCGCUCUUUGUGUCCGCCGGACUGGAAGCGUCCCGGGGGCGGGCGGCUGUUCCGGGUCGCCGUGGGCUGCCGGGCCACCGGACCCUGCGGCGGGGCGUCCGGGUUUCCGGGGGGGGGGGCCCGGGUUUCCGCGGGGGGCAUGUCGGGGGCAGCAGGACGGAGCUCUUCUGUCUCAUCCGUCUCCUCCAUCUCUCUGAUGGAAAUCAAGGCUGAGACCAAUCUGGUGCUCCAAGCCUUUCUGGAACAAACACUUUCCACCCCCCAGAGAGAGCGGCCUGGGAGGGUGGGAGGAGCUUAUGUCGAUGCUAACAAGUACAGGUCAAAGUCACAGUCCAAAAGAAAUGAGGGGUGGGAUUCUCAAGCUGAAGAUGAAGAGGAGAAGAAGAUUGGACUGAAGGAGUUGAUAAAGCAGCUCCCUUAUCGGAGCAGCAAACGCCAUCAUGCAAAGGGCUCGCUGGAGAGGGACGGCAAGGCCAAACCUUCAGACCCAACAGAGGAUGGGAGAUCGCCCUCCUCAUCGUCAGGGGAAGAGGACAACGAGAAGAAGAGGAAACAAAAACAAAUGAAGAUUAAACACAAGCUCUCUACUUUUUUCAAAAGAAAAACUGAAGAAAGAAGGGAGAAGAAAAGAGAUGAAAACUCAUCCAAGAGGCAUUUGGAAGUGCCAACUAACACACACCAGGGGCCUGCGUAUGACAUCAGCCCCCCCAGUCAUUCUCCUGAGUUCUACUGCGAGGUUGCGGGGAAGCUGGAGAAGAUUGCUCGGAGGUCCACCAAGACAAAGAAACUGAGUCCAUUAUUACCAUCAGCAGAGGUGUGUGACAAAGAGGUGGUGAUCCAGCAGCUGGUCCAGGUGCUCUCUCUGGAAGGAGACUCCAUGAACGCUAAGAUCCAGUCAGACCCCUUCCUCCGGAACCAGCUGGCCCGUCUCUCCUACGCAUCCUUCAGCAAGGUGGUGGAGGGCUUCAGCAGCCGGCAGGUGUCCGAGGCCCCGGCGCUGCCCCCCUCGGCCAGCCCCACCCUGCGACGCAUGGCCGUCUCCAUGGAGGCGUCCCGGCGGAUAGUGACGGCCACAGGAGCCCAGCGCCUGCAGGGCCACGCGCUGCACUACAUGGAGACCUUUGUGCCAUGGGUCAAGAGUCAUGGAGGAUGGGCCAGCGUGGUGGACAUAGAGGAGCCGGUGGAGUACGACUGACAUCUGGCCUGACUCUAGCCUCCAGCUAUCCACGGCCUGGACUCUGACCCUCAAUAUCCUGGAAAGGAGGGCUAGGUUUUGGUUCCCGUUUACAGCAUGUCAGAGGAGAGGAAGAACUGUGGCUCUAGUUUGAGCUGACAUCGGACUGAGCUGUGGGGAUGGAAGGAAACUGGUCUUCUGCUGCUUAUUUGAAGUGGAUCAGUCAGACUGCUGCCAGUCAAAGGCAUCAGCCCAGCGUUGUGUAUUUAUUCCCAGCUGGACAGGGGUGACCUCACCCACAGCCUCUGCCCUGACGUGAGGCCCUGUGGCCGUAGCUGGACUCCUGGCCGCUGACGGGCGUUCCCUUUAGGGUCAGGCUGGAGGACAUGGCCCCAUCAGAGAACCAGUUUGUCCGUCCUGUUAACCAAUCACACACUGCUCUAUUUAACUGGACACGUUCAAGUGUGUCUAGAAGGUGCCUUGAGAUGAUAUCUGUGGUGAUUCUUUGUUAUAUAAAGAACACGAUUAAAGCUGUUGAAUACCUUUGUGUGGACUGUUAAUGAUCUUUUGGGAUGA